AUUCUUCAGAAGCUUUAUUAAUUCCAAAAGACAUAUCUUCUAAAAAGUACUCGUCUGUGCUUGCAAAACAUAUUGAUCAUCUUCAAGGAAAACCAGAACCUCGAACUAAACUGACAGCUGCCAAAUUCAUCGAUAACAUUAAUGGAAAAUUUUAUUCUAGAAAACCGUUGGCGCAACACGCUCAUAGCAGAUUUGCUAUGCAACAAAUAGUGUCAAUGGUUAUAGGCAAAGUAAAUGAAGAAAUGAAGGUGAACGAAAAAGAACAUGUGGUCCAAGGUGGUACUUUUCAAACUCUAGAUAGCAAACCUGUUGGGAUAGACACAAAAAGUAUCAAAUUUCACCAUGUUUACUCGGAAAAAUUCUUACCUGGACAUUACAUUGAAGUGCAAUCUAGAGUAAAUGAACAAAUUGUUAUUAGAAGCUAUACUCCUUUGGAAGGGUAUGAAAUUCAAGCACGUGGUCCAUUUGAUGCUUGUGAUAGACUAGCAAAGUCGUUAAAUCCUCGUCAGAGCAUUUUACUAUCCGCAAAGCCUCGCACUCCUUACACUAAACUUACUGGAACGUCAUCUACGGAAAAAACUUCUUUAUUAAAUCCAGAUAGCCCGGAUGGUUGUUGGGAUGAAUUAUAUAUGAUUGCAGAUGUUAUCGAUGGAAUGUUCCUUGAAGAUCUUGCGCUUUCAAGUCGAGGACAACUAACUAUAACAUACUGUCUCUCAGAGCCUCCUUCAGAUUGGGAAGGUUUGCAAGGAAGAAUUAAUAAACAAAUAAUACAAGAUUGGAUGAAUAUGAUGCAGGGUGUGUUCCUCCAGUUUCCUAGCGAAACUCAGAAGAACAUUCUUCAUAGUCAUUCAAUACGUCGGGACGCAAGUGAUGAUGGUUGGAGUCAUUCACCAACGUUAAAGUCACAACCACCAUUUAUGAAGUCACAUGAAAUUUUACAAACUUCACUUUUGCCAUACGAGUCUAUAAGCGUACACACCCCUUCCAGAGAACCAAAAACACCACUCACGCAACCUGAUGACCAAAAAGAUGAAGAUUGUACAAAUGUUAUGGAACAUUACCUAGAACCGAAACCAUCAUCAAAAAAACCAGCGCUUAGUAUUGAUACAGAUUUAGCAAAGUCGGAAAAAAGUGACAAUUUGAUACAAGGAAAAAUUAUUGUUAGUGGUCCAGAUGGUAUGUUAGUUUCUGUUGAAGAAGAUCUACUUGAGAUGGGAUUUAAUGAGCAAAAUAUGAUUAUAUUGUAUUAG